AUGGUUCAAUUGAAAAACGCUCUCGUAUCGACCUUGGUUUCAACUGCCUUGGUUAACGCUUGGUCUCCUUCAAACAAUUAUGCUCCCAGUGUUGUCGAUUGUCCUACCGUGGAUGACUAUGACUUACAAUCGUUAAACGAUACUAACCCGGAGAAAUUGGCUUUGGUUAGAGAUGCUAAUGAAUUAUCUGUCAAUGAAACGAAAUGGGUUCGUCAACGUAACCAAUUGACUGAAAAGGCUAUGUUAGAAUUCUUGAAAAGAGCUACAAAGAACUUCACUGAUGACUCAAUCUUAGAUUCAUUAUUCCCAGCAAAUAAAAAUUCAAGUUUCUCAAACAAUUCUUUAUCAAGCUUGUCCCCAAAGAUUGGUAUUGCUGCUUCUGGUGGUGGGUACCGUGCCAUGUUGGCAGGUGCUGGUAUGAUUGCAGCCAUGGAUAAUAGAACUGAAGGUGCUAAUGAGCAUGGGUUGGGUGGUCUUUUACAAUCCUCUACAUAUUUAGCCGGUCUAUCGGGUGGUAAUUGGUUAGUCGGUACUCUUGCUUGGAACAAUUGGACUUCCGUGCAAGAUAUUAUUAACAAUAUGACUGCUCCAGAUUCUAUUUGGGAUAUCACCAAUGGGUUCUUGUCACCAGGUGGUAACGAUACAAAAGCCACUACUGCUAGAUGGUCUCAAAUUUUGGGUGCUGGUAGUGAAAAGCAAAAAGCUGGUUUCCCCAUCAGUAUUGCCGAUUAUUGGGGGCGUGCCUUAUCUUAUAACUUCUUCCCUACUUUGAACCAAGGGGGCGUUGCUUAUUCUUGGUCUGAUUUGAGAAACAGUGAAGUGUUUGCUAAGGCUGAAAUGCCAUUCCCAAUUUCUGUGACUGAUUUCAGACACCCAUAUGCUGGCAUUAAUGAAUUAAACUCCACCAUUGUUGAAUUCAAUCCUUUCGAAAUGGGGUCUUGGGAUCCUUCUUUGAAUUCCUUUGCUGAUGUUAAAUAUAUUGGUACAAGUAUGUUCAAUGGUACACCUGUCGCUGAUAAAUGUGUUGUAGGAUUUGAUAACGUUGGUUUCAUCUUAGGUACAUCUUCCAUGUUAUUUACACCUGCUGACGUUCCAUUCUUAAGUGCCAUGCUAGGUGAUUCCACUGUCGGUACUAUUUUAUCAUCAGCCAUGAAAAAUGAUACAAAUGACGUUGCUAUUUAUGCUCCAAAUCCUUUCAAAGGUACUAAUUAUGGUACUAAUAAUUACACAAACGCUUUAGUUAAUGCUGAUGCCUUUUAUUUAGUGGAUGGUGGUGAAGAUCAAAUUGAAAUCCCAUUAAUCUCUUUAGUACAAAAGAAUCGUGAUUUAGAUGUCAUUUUCGCUCUUGAUAACUCUGCUGAUACAAAUUUGAAUUGGCCAAAUGGUAAUGGUGUUGUCCAAGCUUAUGAACGUCAAUUUGCUCCACAAGGUGAUAAUAUGGCUUUCCCUUAUGUCCCAAGUGUAGCGGAUUUUGUUGCUCAAGGCUUAAAUAAAAGACCUACUUUCUUCGGUUGUGAUUCUACCAAUUUAACUGAUUUGCGUUACAUUCCACCUUUAAUUGUUUAUAUUCCAAAUUCAGACUACUCAUAUGAAUCAAACACAAGUACUUGGCAAUUAACUUACAACACUUCUGAACGUUUAUCAAUGAUUUCCAAUGGUUUCGAAUCUAUGACAAGAAAUAAUUUCACUGAUGAUCCAGAAUUCUUAAGUUGUGUUGGUUGUGCCAUCAUCAGACGUAAACAACAAGCUUUGAACUUAUCUUUGCCUGUAGAAUGUAACCAAUGUUUCACUGACUACUGUUGGAAUGGUGCUAUUGGUAAAUAUAACUCUACCUCAUCAAAUUACACUUCAUCUUCCUAUGCUAACUCUACUUCCUCAAUCUCUUUGAACGCUAACACUACUACUUCUUCUUCUUCAAACACAACAAACUCUACAUCUAUUGAUAACGCAAAGGACAAUAAAAAGAAGAAUGCAGCUGUUAAGGUUAUUGACAAUUCUAUUUUCCAUUCAUAUUUGGCCAUCUUAGGUUCCGCCUUGAUUGCUUACUCUUUAUUCUAA